AUGGUCCUUCUGUCACUUAGCAACAGCUCUGUACCCGUAAUGCAACGUAAGCAAGCGCAGGCGCGUAAACUACUCCGUACGCGCCUCGAAAGACAGUCCACUCUGCCGGCGGGUCGAUCAGCGGAUCGGUACGCGUCGACAUCGUCGCACUCGCAAAGACGAAAUCGAAAGCAUCCCAACGGAAUGAGAAGUCACGAACGACCUCGGUCUGGGGAAGGCCGGUUCUUCCCCUCAAUCGGGGAUGAAUGCUCUACAGUCAUCCAGGGUCUUCCCGCAGACAUGCUGCUGCAUCCAGGCAGGAUCCAGGCAGCACUGAGCAGAACCGCAAACUCUAUUAAAUUAUCCCCAUGGGGUUUGCCCGAGGAAAGGUUUAUUAGCCCCCGACCGCCCGUUAUUAUUCAACUCGGUGAAGUCUGUGCUUUGCACGGAGCCAUUGUUGCUGCUUGUGGGCGCCUGUGGAGCAUGUGCCUGCAAUUGCCGGCCAAAGGGGACUCGAAAGUCGAGUAUCCCUGGCGGUUCUCGGUCUGA